CCCACGCCCUCCGCCGCGAGAACCGAGAAGCAACCAACCAACCACUCCGCCACCGCGGAGAAGCCUCCAGAAGCCUAGGGUCCCCGCGCGCGCUCCGCUCCCUCCCAUGGAUCUCUCCAACUACGAGGGCGCCCUCUGGUACGCCGGCGCCACGCUGGUGGCCUACUACAGCGCCGACAUCGGGGUCUGCAAGGGCUGCAUCAGCGCCGACGGCAAGGUCAAGAAGGCCCUGCACGGCCUCACCGCGCUCUUCUUCCAGAGAGCCGUCUGGGCGGUGGGCCGGAGCGUCGACUGGGCGUACGAGGCGUACUACUGGCGGAACGCCGCCCUCGGCAUCGGCGCCGGCCUCGCCUUCAACGCUUGGGUGCUGUGCUUGAGGAGGAGGAGGGAGAUGGCUAGGGAGCCGGUGCCGCCACCGGCGCCGGAGCGUCAGCCUGGGAGGAGGGGACGCCGUGCGCGGAGGAAUUAG